AUGAAAGACGAAAUUGCUGUUUCGGUGUUCUUCAUCAUGCGUCUGGUGAAGAAGCACGGCCAGCUGAACACACCCCAAACGGAGAAGUUUGCAUCCAAGCUGAUGAUGAUUUUGUUUGAGAAGUACAAGAACCACUGGUACCUGGACAAUCCCUCCAGAGGGCAAGCCUUCAGGUGUAUCAGGAUAAACAGAUUUCAGACGAGAGAUCCUUUGCUGGAGCAGGCCUGCGUGGAGAGCAAUGUGGAUUUUGGUCGACUCGGCUUGCCGAAGGAGCUGACCAUCUGGGUGGAUCCAUUUGAUGUGUGCUGCAGAUAUGGUGAGAAGAACCCUCCUUUCACGGUCGCCCACUUUGAUGGCAACGAAGAGGACCAGGACCUUUCUCAGUGCAUCAGUCAGGCUGUGGAUAAGGCACUGGCGUCCGAUUGCCGCCCAGGCACCUCCUCCGAUGACGAGAGCUGCAUGAGGGAGCCCAAAAGCAUCCCUACAGUGAGCAACCCGAACAGUGUCUACCAGUGUAGUGACUAUUGCAAGCAGCCGUUCCACCUUUGGGCCCAGUAUUCUCGGCGAAAAGCAUAUGCCACAGAUGGUCUCUCCAUGCACCCUACCAGCGCAUACUAUCUUCAGUACAAGACGUUCAAGUCCUAUCGGCCAUUGCAAGCUUUCAAUGGCCCCCGCGUGGACAGAUACCACUGGGUCAACACCAACCGAUAG